AUGCCCGCUAGUCGAGAACCAGACAUGAUUGGCAGAAGUCUGUCUUCUCUCCUUCAAAGCGACUUCAGCCAACACAUCAAACGCAACAGCGCCGUCAGCAUUGGCGGACGUACCAGCAUUUUACCUUCCAUAUCCGGUCCAGCCGGUUCGGUGUCCCUAGGACCUGCGACUGGCAAUCCAGCCUCCGGUCAGAAAUGGUCCUCCGGCCGCGAUGACCUCUUACGCAACAUGUUGCUAGUACAGACACCCAGUCGACUCUUCGCAUACGUCGUCUGGGGCAUUGCCACUUGCUUCGUGGUACCGAUGGCCAUUGUCGCUCUGGUCAGUUGUGCCGGAAGGGUCUAUGUGCGUUCAUAUCCUGACGGCAACUACUCAACUAAGGCAAGUUGA